CUUUACAUUACAUUCUUCCAUCCCUGCUGCUGGUCUUACCUUCUCAUCAUCGCCAUGAACUCUCCCUUUCUAUCAAUGGGUCAAGAAACCUACCAUGUGUCGCUCAAAAACGUAUUCGGCCAAAAUCGUCGCAAGCUUUGCAAAGCUCUGCAGCAAAAACCUGUUUCCGAAGGCAACCUCGUCGUGUAUCUGCACGGUGGGCCGAGCGAAACGCGGUUCGAUUCAGAUCACGAGCCGCUCUUUCGUCAAGAAUCAUACUUCUGGUACUUAACUGGUGUCAAAGAACCCGAUUGUGCUAUCGCUAUCGACGUUGCUACCCAACACGCGACGUUGUUCAUUCCGAACCUUCCCGCUUCAUACGCGACGAUAAUGGGACGAAUCAAGACGCGGGAAGAAUGGAAAGAGCACUACCAGGUGGGAGAAGUAUUGUUCACUGACGACGUUGAGGAUACGUUGGCGGGGAUGCUGGAGAAGAGAAGCAAUGGCACAAAGUCCAAACUGUUGCUUAUGAAGGGGCUCAAUUCGGAUUCUGGCAAAGUAUACGAGCCGCCCGUCACUAUCGUCAACCACGAGAAGUUAUCUUCUCAUGUUGAUGUUGAGUUAUUGUUUCCAAUUUUGGCCGAAUGCCGCGUUUUCAAAACAGCUGCCGAGCAGGGUGUGUUGCAGUUCGUCACGGAAGUCACUUCUUUUGCCCAUGCGUACGUGAUGCGCAACAUGAAACCAGGCAUGAUGGAAUAUCAAGGUGAAAGCCUCUUUCGGCACUAUUGUUAUUACAAUUAUGGAUGUCGACUGGUGGGCUACACUCCCAUUUGUGGAUGCGGACCCGACGCCGCGGUCUUGCACUACGGGCAUGCGGGUGAGCCCAACGCUCGACAAAGCAAUGUAGGUGACAACUGCCUGUUUGACAUGGGCGCGGAGUACUUUGGCUACGGGUCCGACGUAACUUGUUCUUUCCCAAUCGACGGUGUGUUCAAUGAUCGUCAGCGUCCUAUAUAUCAAGCGGUCUUAAAUGCUCAAAUUGCGGUGUACAGGAUGAUCAAGCCUGGCGUUUCGUAUGUCGCUUGUCACAAAGCUGCCGAAGCUGCUAUUCUCAAGGUUUUGGUCGAGGUUGGAAUUGUAAACCUCGCGGGCAAGACGAUCGACGAUUUGGUGGAGAUGCGACUCGGAGCUGUCUUUAUGCCCCAUGGAUUGGGUCAUUUUAUCGGUAUUGAUACACACGACGUCGGUGGCUAUUUGGCUGGGCAUCCAGAACGAAGCGAGUUGCCUGGUUUAAAGUCUCUACGUACGGCGCGGAUAUUGCUCGAGAACAUGACCCUGACAGUUGAACCAGGUUGCUACUUCAUCGAUCACCUCUUAAAUGAAGCGCUGGCGGAAGGAUCUUUUCUCAAAGUACAUAUGAAUGAAGCUAAAGUGAACCACUACCGAGGGUUUGGUGGCGUACGCUUGGAAGAUGUCAUUGUCGUGACAGCAGACGGUAUAAUCAAUUACACGCUGUGCCCUCGUACCAUAGAAGAAGUGGAAUCCGUCAUGGCGGGUGGCAAGUGGCCGCCUACCGAGGACAUCGCACCAGAGCUGUUCCGAGCCCGUCUGACGGAACCCAACCCCCUGCCUUCGCCGCCUUCCCUCUAAGAGUUUGAGCUGUACUCCUAUCCGAGAAUUUCGAAGAAAUUUUGUUUCUCCUUCCAUUCAUAGAUAUAUGUGCAUCCAAAAGUCGAGUUACUCUAUGGCUGAAAGAGGCCACCUCCAAUCCCUAGGAUUGCAUUGAUGUCUCUCACCGAUUGCUAAAAUAGAUUUUAAAUCACGGCAAAAUGUCCUGUGUAAUACCGAUCACGCCGUAA